AUAGCGUGUGAAGACUUUCCUUUUGCAGCAAUUAUCAGGGGGCUCUUUCCUUUCCUUCUAUUCAUUCUCCUUACGUUAAAUCAGUCAGCCGAAAGAACAUUCACACAGAAUCUUCUGUUUUAAUCUGGAAUCUGCCCGCUUCCCUCUCGAAAACCCUUAUAGGACUCAUCAAAGUUAUCUUACCCAAAUCUUUGUGUCAGGGAUUGGCGGGCAGGUUUUAUAGCAUAGGUUUUUGUUUUUGUUUUUGUUUUUGGGUUUCUGUACAAUAUCUUCUGCAAUUCUAUGUACAAAUUUGGAUACCCUCUUCUAUGAUAAUUAUUAUUACGUAAAAGAAGAAUAAAAAGCGGUGAACUUUUCCAUUUACAGUGGAAAUUUGUGAUUCUUUGCUUGAUGGGUUAUCUUGUUGAUUCACAAAAGGAGGGUGGGGGUUCUCCUUGGAGUGGUGGUUUGAGGAGCUUGGUGAGGAGGAAGCAGGUGGAUUCUGUUCACGCCAGGGCUGGGGUUGGUCACCAAUUGGCCAAGGAGUUAUCUGUUCUUCACCUAAUUGCUAUUGGUGUUGGCUCUACAAUUGGAGCUGGAGUUUAUAUUCUUGUUGGAACAGUUGCUAGACAGCAUUCUGGACCAGCCCUUACCAUUUCUUUUCUGAUAGCUGGAAUCGCUGCUGCUCUUUCGGCCUUUUGUUAUGCUGAACUUGCAAGCCGUUGCCCAUCUGCCGGGAGUGCCUAUCAUUAUUCGUAUAUUUGUGUUGGAGAGGGCGUUGCUUGGCUGAUUGGUUGGGCUCUCAUAUUGGAAUAUACAAUUGGCGGUUCUGCAGUUGCUCGUGGCAUAUCUCCAAAUCUGGCAUUGCUGUUUGGAGGUGAAGAUAGUUUACCUGCUUUUCUCGCUCGUCAGUAUAUUCCUGGGAUUGAUAUUGUGGUUGAUCCAUGUGCUGCAAUUCUAGUUUUUGUUGUCACUGGACUCCUUUGUGUGGGAAUUAAAGAGAGCACAUUUGCACAAGGAAUUGUCACCACAUUAAAUGUGUGUGCUAUGAUUUUCGUCAUAAUAGCUGGUGGCUAUCUUGGGUUCAAGACUGGGUGGGCUGGAUAUGAGCUCCCUACUGGGUACUUUCCCUUUGGAGUAGAUGGGAUGCUUGCUGGGUCUGCAACAGUUUUCUUUGCAUACAUUGGCUUCGAUUCUGUUGCCAGCACUGCUGAGGAGGUGAAGAAUCCUCAAAGGGAUUUGCCACUGGGUAUAGGGCUUGCACUGUCUAUUUGUUGUACAUUAUACAUGUUGGUCUCCAUUGUCAUUGUGGGUCUGGUCCCGUAUUAUUCAAUGGAUCCUGACACACCCAUCUCCUCUGCAUUCACACACCACGGGAUGCAAUGGGCAGCGUAUAUAAUUACUGUAGGAGCUGUUACUGCCCUCUGCUCUACUUUGAUGGGUUCACUUCUCCCGCAGCCUAGAAUCCUGAUGGCAAUGGCUCGAGAUGGAUUACUUCCCUCAUUCUUUUCAGAUGUCAACGAACGCACACAAGUUCCGAUCAAGAGCACACUGGUGACGGGUUUUGUUUCUGCAGUCCUGGCUUUUUUUAUGGAUGUCUCACAGUUGGCAGGGAUGGUUAGUGUGGGCACACUCCUUGCGUUUACUAUGGUAGCGAUUUCUGUUUUAAUUCUCAGAUAUGUCCCACCAGAUGAGGUGCCACUUCCAUCCUCGCUGCAGGAGUCAAUUGAUUCAGUGUCACUGCGUUACAGUAAGAGUUCUCAGGAGAUUAAUGUGGGAAAACCUGUAGUUUAUGUUGGGACUUCCGUUGACAGUACCCUACCUCUACUAGGCGAAAAGGGAUCGACAAUUGAACUUCCAUUAUCUGAGAAACAAGAAGCUCAAGGCAUCCUAAGUGAAGAGAAAAGGCGAAAAAUUGCUGGUUGGACUAUAAUGUUCACUUGUAUGGGGGUGUUUGUCCUUACCUACUCAGCUUCAAGUUUGGGCCUUCCUGGGCUUCUUCGUUUCACUUUGUGUGGUGUCGGUGGUGCUCUUCUUCUCUCUGGAUUGAUUGUGCUGACCUUUAUAGAUCAAGAUGAUGCAAGGCAUAGCUUUGGGCAUUCAGGAGGUUUCAUCUGCCCUUUCGUUCCGCUUCUACCUAUUGCUUGCAUUCUGAUCAAUGUCUACCUACUAAUUAAUCUUGGCGCUGCCACCUGGACCCGGGUUUCGGUAUGGCUAGUCAUGGGGGCACUUGUUUAUGCAUUCUACGGCCGAACGCACAGCUCACUACUGGACGCAGUUUAUGUUCCCGCAGCGCACGCUGAUGAAAUCUAUCGCAACUCUGGAGACUCCUUAGCCUAGCUGAACACACAAAUCACUUCACCAUUGCCUGGGGUGCUGAUUUAUCUGCCAUUAGAAAAGAAUCGUCUGUUGUUGUAUGUUUGGGAUCAUCUUCUCCCUUUAUGUAUGUAUUAUUGUCUUUCAUUCUGUUGUACAUAUAUGCUAUGUUAAAGUAAGGUGAAACCGCGCUUUGGAAUGUAAAUAGUUUCUGAAUUGGAAGAGAUGGUUGCAAUCCUCCUGUUGCCCUGAACUUGUCAUGUUUGAAAAUGCCAUAGAAGUACAAACUUCUCGGUGGUUUGCUGUGUC